UUUUCAACACAGGUAAACGAACAGCUCCGCCCCUCUUCCUGGUUGGUUGGUUCGCUGGCUCCUCGACCUUGAGAUGUCUGGGCUUCAUGCCUGCUUGAGGGCUGGGCGCAGGCGUUGGUUGCCGCCGGCCUGUUCGGCACGGGACUCGUCCGGUUGUCCAUGGCUCCAACCGCGGUGGGGAAGGAGCAGCGCAAGUUCAACUACUUCGUGUUGGUGCUGCAGUGGCAAGGCACCAUCUGCUCCUCGACCCGCCACUGCCGCACCAUCAAUGGCUGUUGCCGGCUAUAUUGUCAGUUUGAGCCUCCACAAGCUCGAUGCCAUCGGGGACCAGCGCUCUACACGCUUGCUGAUAUGGUGGUCAUUCAGGUUGACCCGAUGGCCAGGUAGCAGCACGAGCGGAUGUGAAAAAAGCUGUGGCGAUCGAGGUCGACUUGACCUGCUAAGCAUGCAUUUGCUUUUGAAGCACUUCUCUUCUUCGUAAUCAGUCAUUUAAGCUCAUAACAGCUGCUUCUCUGUUCAUAUAAGCUUAUCCAUAUCGGAAUGACUAAAACUCAGUUGACUGAUUUCUAUCGAAGUCUCAGUCGAUGCCUUCA